AUGGCGACUUUAUCCGGCGCAGACCGCAUCCGCGCCAUAACCGAUGAAGAUGGCAUGUUCAAGGCCUUCGACACGUACCCGUGGAAGAAGGACAAGAUGUUCCAGUCCGGUCUGACCGCAAUCCUGGGCGACCCGAACACAGAAAACCCCAAAGGAACCCCCUCCGAGCUCGCAACCCACGCCCGAAUCUUCUACUACGCCUCCCGCGUCGGCGUCACGAUCGACUUCAACAAGUACAAGGACUGGCUCGCGCGGCACCCAGACCACACACCACCCGACAUCCUCCCGGAAGAAUACAAGUCGCAAACCACAACAGCCGGCACCGCCGCUCCGUCAUCGACGGAAGAUCUAGCCUCCAAGCUCAGCGACCUUAAGACUGAUUCCGGCGCCGAAGACAUGCCGUCGUGGCAAGCCGCAGCACCGAAAGCAGAUUUAUGGGUUGAGCGCAAGGCUCCCUUGCAAGUUGAUGGAGCCGAUGAGGGCGGCGAGCCCGCCUACCCCGUGGGUUUCGCCGAGAUGUUGCAGAUGUUGCAGAAGGGCAUCCCGAUACCGGGCAUCAGACAGAUUCCCGACACUGUGGUCAGGGACGCGUCUGUCAAGCCAUUCGGUAAACGCGCUGUGCCGAAGAAGCCAUGGGAGAAGGAUGCCCCAGUCUUGGAGGCUGAAGCAUCAGAGAAGCCCCCUGUUGUUGAUGCGGAGUUCCCGCCGCUUGAAGAAACGCUGGCACCUGAGAGCGCGACAGCAACUAAGGAGGCGUAA